AUGGUCCAAACGCUUCCUUUCAGCAACAUCCAAGUCUCGUCGCCAGGCUUUGGUGCAAUGGGUCUGAGCUUCGGCUUGGGCUCCAACUUAAGCCUCGAGCAAGCCGAGCCUGUCCUUCUGAAGGCUAUUGAGCUGGGAUGCACGUUCUGGGACACCGCGGUAGUCUAUCAGGCUGGCGUGAAUGAAAAACUCCUUGGAGAGUUUAUUCGAAAGCACAACGUCCGCAACAAAAUAUUCAUCGCCUCGAAAUGCGGUUUUGAUGUCUUUGGAGUCGGUGGCGUGACCAACUCGGCUGCGCACAUCAAAGAGUAUAUUGAAGGCACUAUCGAAAGACUGGGAUUUACUCCUGACUUGUAUUACCUUCACCGGAUAGACCCGAAUACAUCCCUUGAGGAGUCAAUUCCUGCUCUGGAUUCAAUUCGCAAGGCAGGCAAAACGAAGUACAUUGGUCUUUCCGAAUGCUCCGCAGCGACCCUACGGAAAGCAAAUUCGAUUGCUAAGAUCGAUGCUGUUCAAGCAGAAUACUCUGCUUUUGAGACAUUACAUGAGACCGAUGGUUUGAUUGAGACUGCAAGGGAGCUGGGAGUCACAUAUGUUGCUUAUAGCCCGCUUGGACAUGGUUGGCUUGUGGACAAUUUUGACUACAAGACUCCUGAUGACUUUGCUCCGGAUGACUUCAGAAGAACAGUUCCCAAGUUUCAAGGUGAAAACUUCUACAGAAAUCGGGCAAUUGUUGAGGAGAUUAAGAAGCUUGCAGCACGCAAAGGAUGCUCGAUUAGCCAAAUAGCGCUGGCCUGGGUUGCUUCGCAGGGCAUGAUCGCUAUUCCAGGUACCACAAAGGCACACCGAUUGGAGGAGAACUGGGCAUCUCGCGACAUCGAGCUCACGGCGGAGGAGAAGCAGGAGAUGCGCCGGAUAAUAGAUGCUGCCAAGCCUCACGGGAACAGAUAUGCUCCCGCCCAGCAGGCUAUGGUCGGACAUUAG